AAAGUCACACUUUUGAUAUUUUCAUUUGCGUAAAAAAUUUAACUCAAUGGCAUCAUCAAAGAAAUUGUAUUUGGAAUAUGCCGUGCUGCAAUAUUUUUUCUCUGUUUGUUUAUUUAUUUUCAAACUUAAAUGAUUUAAUUUAGAAAGUUUUAGAAAAAGAAACAUAGUAUUAUGCAAGGAUGUUGGAUGCAUCUGAAAUGAUAACCUUUACUGAAAAGUUGAUUGAAGAAAUUAAACAUUUCCCCGUUUUAUAUGACAGAAAAGUAAUGCGUGCAAAGGACAAAUUAGAAAAGGAAGAAGCUUGGAUAUCUCUUACAGAUCGUAUACCCACAGAUUUAAGAAUUAAAGUUGAUGAUACAAAGAAAAGAUGGAGAACUCUAAAAGAUUGUUAUUCCAAAUACCUUCGAAGUUUUAAAACAAGUAAUAGAUUUGAAGCCCGAUAUCAAUCUUGGCGGUGGUCAGAACACAUGGAUUUUUUUAAACCAUUCAUGUUACACAAUGAUAGCUCCGAUGAGUAUCAAAGCACGUUUCAAAAAAGGGUAAAAAAAAGAAAGUAUGACAGAAGAAUAAAUGACUUUCAACCACAUAUAAUAAAUAAUAACUUUAAAAGCCGAACAAAUAUAGAUAGCCACGAUGAGUAUAUUAAAAAUGCGCAGGUUAACACGACGCAUGGUCCAAGUAGCAAAAUUAAAGGUGAAAUAGAUGAAGUCGAUGAUGAAACAUAUCAAGCAAUAGCCAGUGCAGUUUCAGAUUAUGAGAAUACAUCUGGGGGUUGGGAUGAAUUAAUGAAUGAACCGGAUAAUGAAGACAUUAUUCAUAAUUCAUCUUCAAAAAGUAUAGCAUCAAUCGAUCCCGGAAAUUAUCUUGACCCUUUGGGGGGAAGAAAUUUUGAUGGCUUAGAUUUGACAUUUCUUGGAUACGCCAGCAGCAUUAAAAAACUCACGGCUCGGAGACAAUCCCUUAUAAAGUUUGCAGUUGCCAAAUUGAUAAUGCGAGAAGAGUUAGCACAACAAAAUGACAACGAAAAGAACUGUCCACAUAAAGCUAGAUUCAACAUAUAAUUGUACAUUAAUAAAAUGUUGUGAUUAAAACUUAUUUGGUUUUUCAAUAUUUUCGAAUGGAUAAAAAUCUGUAUGCAUUAAUAAUAUUGUAUAUAUUCAUAGUCAGUCAAUUAUUAAUUAACGUUUACAUUCGGUAAUUAAGGUAUAACUUUUUAAAUUCCUCAACGCGAAAUAAUGUCUUAUGCUGAUAUAUCUAUAUACAUAUAUAUGUAUAUCUUGGUAUUCGACUAACCGAAUUGACAUUUUUUAUGAUGAUAAAGGAUAAAAUAAAAACAAUACUUUAGUCUUUGUGUUUUAAUAAGAAAUAUAGUAUAUGUAUGCCUAUAUUGUAGAGUGUAUACUUACUUGAGGUCUUGUUCAUGGAUUUUCGAAUUUUGAAUUAAUGUUCGAUAUAUUUUAUUUAAAUAAAAAUAAGGGUGUAAAUAAUAAAAUCAAAUUUAAAUAUUCUUUAAUGCUAGCACGAAAUUUUAUUUAUGAAAUUUGUAUUUUUAUCAUUGUCAUAAACACAUUAAUAUUUACUUUAAUUAUGGAAUUGUAACAAAAACUGAUAAUUUUUGCAUUGUAGGAAUAAUUUCAGUACAGUAUAUUAUGUAUCGAAAUGCUAUCGAAUAGUAAAUACAAAGGAUACACAGAGUAGUUUAUUUUUUCAUUCGUAAGAUUACUGAUAUACAUAUGUUUAAAAUUUGUAUCUAUAUUGAAGUCAAAUUUAUUAUAUAUGUUGCAAUUUUUUGUAAUAAGUAUAUGGUUCACAAGGACAUUGAUAUAUUAAUCUUUGUUUGUAUUUAAUUUUAUGUACUUGUAUUAUAUUUGUUUGCAAUUUAAGCUUAAAAAAAAAAGAAUAUAUGACGUAAUUAUAAGAAUAAUAUUUCAAAGUGUCUGCGAACUGUUUUUUUUUGUUAUAGUAAUUUUGUUGGCUCUCUUAUAAAAAAUCACACUUUACUAGUGUCA